AUGGUUCGAUUCACGCCAUGGGGAGGCUUAAUGGUAGCUGUCAUGUUUAUUCACGAAGCCUUCGCUCGAGAUAUCAUGGAAUCCAUGAAUUUUACAGUUGACGAAGAUCCAAAUAUUAGUGAUACACGUGAGAAAAAAGAAGCAACGCAUCGGUACAUUAACAAUAGAUAUUUAUAUACUGAUUAUGAGAAGCUGAAGGAAAAUGGCGCAAGACUUCGAAAUGAUCACCAAACCCUAAACUCUACCUUCGCUACCCUUAAAGAAUAUCUAGAAAUCGUGAGAAAUACGAGAAAGGGAAUAAGCGUCGACGGAGCCGAUCACAACGAUUUAAGGAAACUCUCUGAGCUGAUGUCCGACGCCAACCUUCAUCUUUUUGGCAAGAACUGGGCUAAAGAACAGGACAUCGGCGGCCGCACAUUUGACCAGUGUGGAGGCAGCUCAGCACUAGGAAUCUUCAACUUCCUGACGUUCAUCGUGUACGCCUUCUCGCUCCUGGCGUCGCUGGUGGCGGUGGCGACGGGGAACAUGGCCAACACCCUCUCAGGGACCUUCCUCUCGGGCCUCCUCAACCUCCUGGGGAACGGGGGAGGGGGGAGGUCUAUCCGGAGCGUCUGGAGGGAUGGGGAGUCCGGGGAACCUUAUAUGAAGGAGCUGCACCGGGCCCUGGAGCAUGACCUGGGCUCGGGACUCGUCGCCGCCCUCCUGCAGCUGUCGGGGGGGCGGGAGGGCGCCGGCCCCUGCCUGCCUCCGAUCGCCAACUUGGCUUCGGUGUCCACAAGGGAAGCUCUGGCGAGAAUCAGCGGCGUUCAGUGAAAAUAAAUUCAGUUGAGUAAAGGUAAUGAAAAAUGAAAACAACUGAAAAAGAAAAUCUUACUAAACUUUG